UUCUACUGAUUUAGACAAUUUAGCAGAUUUUCAGCUGCAAUUCAGUUCGCAGUGUUUUCAGCAGUCAGCAUACAAACAGCAUUUCUGCAACCAAUGCAAGUCAUGUAGUUAUUAUUAUGAUUGUUAUUAUUAUUAAUUACUUACUGUCGUUUUUCUGAAAAACAUUUUGAUCGUUGUGGUUAUUAAAACGAAUAUUUUCAGCUGUGUUUGUGUAAUUACGGUUUAUUUAUGGACGUGGAUUCAAAACUUAAACUUUAACUUUCUCUGCCUCCUAAAAAUUAGAAAUGAAAAACAUUUUUUGGUGGUAAUUCAUGAGGAGUUUUUUUAAGUUAUUAGAUGUAUUUUUGAACUAGACCUAAAAAUUGAACAUUAGAAUAUUAUCUUAUUAUAAACUUCUAUAAUUAUAACCGACUUCAACAAUAACAAUAUCCCCUGUCCAAAACGACAUGUACACCAUUAUUAAACCUAACGUUGUAAUGUAAUGACCACCAGCUUUCUCAGCAGUCUCUGCAGUGUGGACAUUGUCCACAUCACCAUGGUAAUGGAGAGAUAUUUGCUUUGAUUUGCAACAGAAAAGCUUGUGGUGACUGUUGGAGAAUGUUCUGUUUAGUCUUCUCUCGGCCACUUUAAGUGUUAAAAGUGUCAUUAUUUAGCCUCUGAGGCCGAAUGGGAGAACGCAAACAAGACUGUGACCUUCUGUCAAGAGCCUCGGCUCCUCUGGAGCUCAUUAGGUCCUCCUAGAGGACAGCGCAUCAAUAGGCCGGAGGCUCCGGCUCGUUCCCGGCCCUUUUGAGACUCUAAGUCCAGCACCUGACCAAUGACGGAGGAACAGGUUUGAUUUGAAGCUUGAAUUGUGUCGCGCUGUGCGGUACUGUUGGUGACUUAUUACAACAGCAAGAGAGCCGCUUGGACCUGAGCCAAAGAGGAUCUCUCCCUGUGGCGGCUGACCGGAUCUGGAGGAAUUCCUGGCUGAGCAGAGCUAUAAAAGUGACCUCUCUGCGCAUCUUCAGAUGAAAACCGACCAUGGCUGUGCCAAACCACCUGCAGGACUCCAUGUUAAUACACGUUGCUGGUGAGAUUAACCUGAUUGAGUUUCCUCCAAAGUAUGCAGCAGGACCAAAGGAGCAGGUGGAAAAUGCUCCAUCUUGUCCAAACUCACAGACGCGCAUAAAGGACACAUCCUGGAGCAGAGAGCUGGCGGAUAGAGCGCGCGCUGAUAGCCUGAUGAUGGCCUCGCCGAGGUUACACAGCCGUGGGAGCCACACCAAAUCCAAACGGAGGAGGAUCAUAACCGGCGUUCAGCGACAGGCGGCCAACGUGCGUGAGAGGAAGCGGAUGUUCAGUCUGAACGAGGCGUUUGAUGAACUCAGGAGGAAAGUUCCCACAUUCGCUUAUGAGAAGCGGCUGUCCCGGAUCGAGACGCUGCGCCUGGCCAUAAUCUACAUCUCCUUCAUGAAGGACCUGCUGGAGAACACCUGACAUGCUUCAGGGGAAAUAUUUCAUCUGCAUAUCUGCUGUAAAAUUCAAAUGAUAAGAAAGGGAAUAGCCAAACGGUAAUGUGGGUGUGGCGGUUCUCUUUAUUUUUGGUUCAUUUUCCUAUUGACAUCAACAAUUUCGUUGUUAUUAUUAAUGAAACAGCGAACAACUUAACAAUACUAAAAAUAUCUCAUUUAUUAUGUCAAAUGUUUACUAAAAUAAAAGAAACAUUUAGGCAGAAUUCA